AUGGACAAUCCGCAGAACACGCCAGGGCGCAUCGUAAUCACCCCUCUCGACCGCGAAAACUAUCAUCGCGCGGCACGCCUAUUCGAUGAUGACCGGUACGAAGCCGCUAUCCACUCAUCGAAGGCGGCACUUUUGGACGGUUCACUCUCACCGUAUUGGCAAAUAAAGUACUGCAUCUUGCUCGCGUGCGCUCAUGAUGACAUCUACAUCGGCGAGGUAUAUCUGGACACAAUAUUCUUCUUUCGCAUUUCUUGACUCUUCACCAGGAUUAUCGCCAAAUGGCCGAAGCAAUCUACCGUCGUAUCAAGGAUUGCCCAUAUUCAGACGAGAUCAAGAGCCGCUGUCUUUGGGACGUACGCAUAGAUCUCGAUUGGUUGGAAGACCGCCUCGAUGAGGCGGAUAUGAUUGAUCAAGGCUGGGCAUACGCGGCCGAUGAGGAUGAGGAUGAGGAUGAGGACGAGGACGAGAUGGACAGCAAGAGCGAGAAAGGCGAUGGCACUGCAAUGGUGGGUGGAGAUGUCGAAGAGGAGGGGGAGGAGGAGGACGGCGAUGAAGUUGCAGAUGAAGUCGUACUCGGUGUUCUGCGCAAUACCCUCCAUCCCGCAGACGUCGUACAGGGAGCAGAAGAGGAAGCUGAGAGGCAGCCGAGAGGAACGGAGGAGCAUGAGGAGGGGCGUAGUCGUUGA